AUGCGUGCGGCCGCGGAUAGUGCCUCUCACGCCUCAGCAGCAGGCGAUUUGUCGCCUUUUGUCGUGAAUUUUCCGCGUGGUGAGUCACCACGUGCGACAGAUACAUAUGUUGCGUCUGCAGCGGGUACCUCGAAUCGUAAUCCAGACGAGUCUGAGAUAGAGUUCACCUACUCUGGCGAGUCGGAUGAUGCAUCCGACUCGAAGGCGACUCCUCACGCUUCGAGAUCACCCGGGGCGGACGCUGCAAAAGCCAGACUGACUGGCUCUGGUCAGCGCGGCAGCAUCAUGACCGAGAUGUUUGGAUCGAGUGAUUAUUUCGAUGAGUCUCCGCCUCACGCAAGUCCAUCCAUCGAUAGGAUGCGUGGAGAUGGUGGUGAUGCACCUAUGCAUCACCACGAGCGAAGUAACUCAAGGUAUCGGGGUAACACUGGUGCCAGUGCUCAUGCUAGCAAUCAAGAGGCCAGAGGCCAGGGACCGAAAUGUCCUGCGCCACGCUCCUCAAGUGGAGUCUCGUUGGAUGACGUCCUCCAAGGAGUUGGAACGGUUGGCCGACAUGACUACCGAACGGGAUCGAAUCCCGUUGUUCGAUUGCAGGAAGAUUUUUCCACCUGA